AUGAUGCUCACGCGCUUCGUGGCCGCACUCCUUGGCCUCUCCGCUGCGGACGCCGCCCUUACCUACAAAGGCGUGGACUGGUCCUCGGUGGUGGUCGAGGAACGGGCCGGUGUCUCGUACAAGAACGUCAACGGCAACGCUCAGCCGCUAGAGAAGAUCUUCGCAGACAAUGGCGUCAACACGGUGCGCCAGCGAGUCUGGGUCAACCCGAGGGACGGCAACUACAACCUUGCCUACAAUAUCGCACUUGCAAAAAGGGCGAAGGCUGCUGGCCUGGGUGUGUACAUCGACUUCCACUACAGCGACACAUGGGCGGAUCCUGCCCAUCAAACCACCCCUUCGGGAUGGCCGACCGACAUUGACAACCUCUCCUGGAAGCUGUACAACUACACCCUGGAUGCCGCGAACCAAUUCCAGGCUGCUGGCGUGCAACCGAGCAUCAUGUCCAUCGGAAAUGAAAUCACGCCUGGCCUGCUGUGGCCCACGGGCAAAACCAACAACUGGGGCAACAUCGCUCGGUUGUUGCACUCGGCGGCCUGGGGUAUCAAAGAUUCGACACUCAACCCCAAGCCGAAGAUCAUGGUUCAUCUUGACAACGGAUGGAACUGGGAAACCCAAAAGUGGUGGUACACAAAUGUCCUGCAACAGGGGACAUUCGUGUCGUCCGACUUCGACAUGAUGGGCGUCUCGUUCUACCCGUUCUACUCGGCCUCGGCGAGCCUAAGCGCGUUGAAGACGAGCUUGACCAACAUGGCCCAGACGUGGAACAAGGAUGUUGCCGUCGUCGAGACCAACUGGCCAACAUCCUGCCCCAACCCCAAGUACAGCUUCCCCUCCGACGUUAAGAAUAUCCCCUUCUCGGCAGCGGGACAGUCGACGUACGUCACUAACGUGGCCAAUGUGGUGUCUUCGGUGAGCCGCGGGGUUGGAUUGUUCUACUGGGAGCCCGCGUGGAUUCACAAUGCAAACCUGGGCUCAUCGUGUGCCGACAACACCAUGUUCUCGCCAUCCGGGCAGGCCUUGUCAAGUCUGUCCGUUUUCAAGCAGAUUUAG